CUGACAAGGAGCCUAGAGAGAAACUCAGCAAGGUGGAGUCUUUCUGCACUUGUGAAAAUCAGCCAUCACCUACAGCAAUACUCAGACCUGGCAUUUAUAAGGCAGUUUUCAUCUAUAGAUCUCAACACAGUUUACAAAGGACGGGUAAGCAAGCUAAGGACAAGACAACAAAAAUUUCCCAAAAAAAAUCAUGCAAGGAAAGAAGAAAGAGAAAAUUAAAACAAAAGCCAGUUCACUUCCUGACAUUUCCAUUCUUGAAAAGUUUAUGAAAACCUAUGAAAGGCAUUGUGCCUUUUCCCAAAGCUCUGUCAGUGGCACGAUCAGACGGAGCUUGAGAAAAUGCAUAGAAAAUGAAACUAUUGUUACAAAGUUUGUGCUCACAAACUCUCAGAAUUCCCAGCCAGUCUUCCUCACACCUCUAUUAAGGACAAUUAGAGAUGAACGGUAUAUGUUAGGAAAGGAACUCUGUAUCUGGGGAAUUCAGCUAAACAACCAAGACAUUGCAAACCUUGCAAUGCUUUUAGAGCGGAAUGGACGUACCAACUAUCCCUUCUGUACUCUAGAAAUAACUCAUGUUCCGAUAGAUGCAUGGUCCCUGGAGCGACUUGGAGCAGCUUUCCCUUUCAGCAACUUGAACUCCAUUGUUCUAGAUUAUACCAAGUUUGGAGAUAAAGGAAUCAAUGGACUUGUUUCUGGGUUAGAGGGAAACAGAAAACUUCUAACCCUCAGCUUAUGCUACUGCAGUUUGGAACCUGAAAGUGGGUCCAAGUUAGGCCCCAUUGUAGCCCAAACUGCCAUUUGCAAUCUUUAUCUAAAUGGUAACAACUUGCAAUGUUUGGGUGCCCUUGAGCUCAUCACACCAAUAGCUAUGUAUGCAGACAAUCUUGGAAGAGAUAAGGAAACAAAUGCCUUCCUAUUCAACAAUUAUUCUGAUCAUCAAAUACCAGAAGCAGACAAAGGUUUGGGUAUCCACUCAACAGCUUCUGGCUUGAACAUUGCUUCCAAAACAGGAAACUCUAAAACAGUGGAAAGUAGUAUGAGGAAGGAAAAGAAAAGAAAAGGAACUAAAAAUAAAGAAAAGAAAACUGAAGUUGGCCCAUGGUUAGUUAAAUUGCAUUUGGCUGAUAAUGGCAUAGAUGGAAGAGGAAAGGGAGGAGAAAAGAUGGUCUUGGAGUUCACUCAGUUUUUAACUUACCUAAUCAAACACUCUGAACACUUGAUAGAACUUGAUCUACAUGGCAACGCUAUAGGAGAACUUUGUUCAACAGACAUCCUGGAAGCUCUUAAGGAGAGAAAAAAAGACAAGAUGCCAGGCUUAAAUAUUAAGGUUACACCACAGAUUUCCUCAAAUACUUUCAAGUCAAUUUUCAAGAACAGCAAGAAGCUCAAAUCAACUAAAAAGAGAAUGAAAAAGGAUUCAGGAAGUCAGUCUGCUUUCCUACAAUUACCACUACGUUCGCAUUUAUUCCUGUCUUUUGUGAAACAUCAUCUGCAUAUGUCUACAUUCAUUAUUGCUAUUAGGGUCAAAUGGAGCCUCUUCCAGACAGAUUUGAGAAAAAUCAAACUUGCUUUUGGCAAGAUUCUGAGAAGAAUCCGUAAGUGGCAUCACAUCCCAUUAAGCAUUCUGAAACAUUCUUCCAAACAGUCCUUAUUUCUGAAGAAAAUAUCAAACACCUGUAAUUUCAAGGUUUAAACCUGUUUUUAACAAUAUGAGUAAAAACAAGAUUUUCAGGUGAAAGCUUCUUUUGGCUUAGGAGGAUGUUUGAACUCUUCCUGGACUAUUUUUCAUUAUUCAACUACUUUAUAAAUUACAUUGGUAACAAAUGAGAAUGAACUUUAUCUAUACAGUUGAUUUAUAAAUAGCAAGUGAACAUUUAAGCAGUUUCGUUUAAGAGAUGUAAGAUACAGGAAGCAAUUUGCUCUGUAUUGGCUUUCAGCAAAGUGCUGGUAAGAUUAAUGUGCGGUUACUGUUCUUAAAAUCAUGUUGUACCAUUAAAGAACAUAAUAUAUAAUACAUCUGAGAAUGGCAAACCAAUUCACAAUAAGAAAAUACACUGCCUUUAGAGAUUAUAGUUACAAAAAUUACUUCUAUUGUCAAUUUCUGUCCAUUUUCAUUAAAAUUGCUGUUUUCAGAUAAGUAGUAUGUAUAGAACAAUGAAGGCAACAAGGGCUACCGACAUCUCUCUUUUGUUGAAGAGGAAUCGUUUAGCUGUUGCUAGAAACUUAGUUUUUAAUACUUUAAUCUUUACCUUAAAUAACAAUGCAUAAUAGCUAAUAGAAUAGUGAUCAAAAUGAUCAAAGAAUGUACAGGCAAUAACAUUUUUUAUAUUCCAUUGUUUUUAAAUAGUCAACGGGCAACAGAAUAUUUUUCCACAAGUGAUAUUCCCGAUCAGCUAAAUUCAUAGUAUAUUUCCAGUCCCUUGAAUUACCAAGAGCUGAAGUAAGUAGAUGCUCUCUUGUCCUAAGUGACAUUUUCAGGAUUCAAAAAGCUUGGACAGUAGUUUGCAGUGUAGGAUAGAGGUUUGUUUGUUUGUUUUGGGGGCUGGGGCAAGGAGGAUAUUUUUAGGAAUGUAAUGGAGAAUCACUUGUCUCUUAAACAAGUUCAGAUUGUUUCCACUUCGCUAUGUGUGAGGGAGACCAGGAUUCUGUGGUGUUCUGGUUGUACACACAGAUCAUUAUUUUUAGAACAGCAGCAUUUCUUAGCCUGUUCUUCAUCUAAUCCAAUUUCUGUUCUUUUAGAGGGAGCAGCAUAUGACAGCAGUGAACUUUGUGCACUGUAUAUGUGCAGCUUACAAGCAUUUUGUUGUGUGUGUCGAAGGAUGUGAUGGUGCUCAACGAUCAGAACUGAGUGAUUAUUAAACAACUC